AUGUCCCAGGCUGGCCGUCUGGACUCUCAUUACCCGAAGGUGUGCGGCCACCAGGGCAAUGUGCUGGACAUCAAGUGGAAUCCGUUUUUUGAAAACGUCAUAGCCUCCUGCUCUGAAGACACCUCGGUUCGAAUAUGGGAGAUCCCAGAAGGCGGUCUGAGGCGCAACAUGACGGAGGCGGUCCUGGAGCUGUACGGUCACAGCAGACGAGUGGGUCUGAUCGAGUGGCAUCCAACCAGCAGCGGCAUCCUCUUCAGCGCAGGCUACGACUAUAAGAUCCUCAUCUGGAACCUGGAGACGGGAGAGCCGGUGAAAAUGAUCGACUGCCACACUGACGUCAUCCUGAGCAUGUCCUUUAAUACGGACGGCAGCCUGCUGGCCACCAGCUGCAAAGACAAGAAGCUGCGCGUCAUUGAGCCACGCUCCGGGAGAGUCCUCCAGCAAGCCAGUUACAAGAACCACCGCGUGAACCGAGUGGUCUUCCUGGGGAACAUGAAGCGGCUGCUCACCACCGGGGUUUCUCGCUGGAACACCAGGCAGAUUGCUUUCUGGGAUCAGGAAGAUUUGUCCAUGCCUAUUGUGGAGGAGGACAUAGACGGCCUCUCGGGACUGUUGUUCCCCUUCUACGACGCGGACACACACAUGCUGUACCUGGCAGGCAAGGGCGAUGGCAACAUUCGUUACUUUGAAAUCACCACAGAGAAGCCGUACAUUCAGUAUCUGAUGGAGUUCCGCUCCCCAGCCCCACAGAAAGGUCUGGGUGUGAUGCCAAAGCUCGGGCUGGACGUGGCGGCCUGCGAGGUGUACCGCUUCUACAAACUGGUCACCCUCAAGGGUUUGAUCGAACCCAUUUCUAUGAUUGUGCCAAGAAGAUCAGAUACAUACCAGGAGGACAUUUAUCCAAUGACAGCCGGGACCGAACCUGCCUUGUCCGCCAGCGAGUGGCUAAGUGGGAUUGAUAGAGACCCAGUGCUGAUGUCUCUGAAGGACGGUUACCACAGACCAAACCAGUUAGUUUUUAAAGCCCCAGUGAAGGAGAAGAAGAGUGUGGUGGUGAACGGGAUUGACCUGCUGGAGAACGUCCCACCCAGGACAGAGAACGAGCUCCUACGGAUGUUUUUCCGGCAGCAGGACGAGCUGCGGCGGCUGAAGGAGGAGCUGACCACGAAGGACGUACGAAUACGCCAGUUGGAGCUGGAGCUCAACAACCUGAAAAACGUUAGCCCCAAAGACGUCUGACCUCCGAGCCUUGUGGACUGGCAAAGCUGCUUCCUUUGCUCCCCCCCACCUCCAAACCUCCAAAAAUAGCCUCCGAGUCCCACCAUGUUGCUUUUUUUAAAAGAACUUUCCUGCAUAGAGUACAAAUAAACUGUUGGAUGACGUCUUAACCGAUGCAAUUA